UGUCGUGCAAUAGUAAAAAGAAAAAAUAUAUUCCUUUGUCUUUAGAUACGGAGAGGAAAUUGAGGAAUAUGAUGGCAACAGAAGCAAAGAAGAUAUCAUACAAUUUGUUAAAAAGUAAGAACUAAUUCAGCACGUGUCUACCUAUUUAGUGCGUCUUUAUUUUGGGGUAAAUCAGAUGACUACUCUAUUGUUACGAAGUACUUAUAUUUUAUUUGUGAGCAACGGACAAUUAUUGAACGACUCUUUUUUCCUUGUAAGAUUUAGGAAUCACCAAUGAAUGGAAUGAAGUAGUUAACGCCCGAUAAAAUUCGACUAAAUCUUGGAGUUGAUUGAACAGUUUCACAAAUAUGACUGUUAUUAUAUGCUCAAUAGUUAUUCCUGAACAAAAUCAUUUAAUGUUACUGUAGAAACGACGAAGAUAAAGAAAUGAAAAGUGAUGGCGAAAGUGAAGGAGAAUGGAAAUUUAACGUCGUUCAAGAACUGAAACAAGAUAAUUUUGAAACAACAUUAGCUGCAAUUGAACAUUCUUUGGUUAUGUUUUACGCUCCUUGUAAGUAUUUCUGUACGGGUGGGGAUAACUAUAGUAUCAGUAAUGAUAUAUUUGGGCAUUGAUCAGAAAUGUGGCGUUUAGCAUUGGCCGCAGCGAUGAAUAGAGGAGAAUGGACGAAGGGCUUUGCUUGAAACGUCGAGAAGUGUUCUUGUUUAAAUGGUCGUCAUGAAAUCUUCCACAAAGUGUGAAAUCUUCCACUUAGUGUUAUUAUAGUCUUUCAGUUGAAGUUAUUUUGACUCGGUUUUAAAAGCGCUAUAACCCGAAUUAUAUCACAUUUGUGUCGGUUUUCUUUGAUCGUCCGAGGUUUAUAACUAGCUAAUAUACCUUGAAUAAAUGAUUGGAUUAAACUUGUAGACAAAACGCGAGAAUUUUUCAUUAAAAAUUUUUGAAAAUGACAAAAUAUGUUAGAAAACCUCCACAAAUGUGAUAUAAGUUAGUUAUAAACUUCGAAAGUCGGUUUAUAACUGAUAUAUUGCACUCGGACGCUACGCGUCCUCGGGGGCAAUAUAUCAGUUAUAAACCUCCUUCUCGGUUUAUAUAACUCUAACUUAUACAGUAAAUUAGACCUAUAUUUGCAAAACUGUCUUUGUUAAACAUGCUCUGUUUUAUUUGCAUAGGGUGUGGUCAUUGCAAGAGUACCAAGCCACAUUUCGAAGAUGCAGCGAUGAAGAUGCAAGAUGAAGGAAAUAAAAUUAUGGCUGCUGUGGACUGUACUGUGGAAACAGGUUGGUCGUACUUUUAUGAAUAAAGUUCUUCAUACGUGUUUGGAGUUAAGAUAAAAUAUUGUAUAAAUACAGUUGUUCCUUACAACACUGAAUGUCUCCAUCAUAGAUAUCUUAUAUACACUAGAUAGCGCAUCUCUUUUAGUAAAAUUGAAGCCAAGAAUAUUCCAGCGGUUACCCCCAUUUGAAUAGAUGGCGGCCAUGUUGGAGUUUCCCACUUGCUAAUAAACGCUUAAAAAACAACAAUAACUUUCAUCAUUUGAAUAGUUUGAAAAUGCAUUUAGAAUAGAUUUAACUUAAUGUUUAAGUUUCCUGUUUAAGAAAUAGAAAACAUACGAGUCUUCUCAUUUCAUGGGAAUAUCCUGAGUCUGCAAUCACGGCUUCAAUUUUUGAAUUGAAGAAUAAUUAGAUGCACUCUCUGGUGUAUAUAAGAUAUCUAUGGUCUCCAUAGACUUAAUUUACACGCAAAAAACCGACGUUGGAAUGAUCAUACAGUAGUUCCUUAAAGUAUAAACUGACAAGCGUGGUGCAAAAAGAACUAGAGGGUAUAGUCGAAGAUGCAUACAUCGUAUAUCAAUUACAGUAUGUAUCAUGCAUAAAUUAUUAUUUAGAUAUGCAUAAAUUAUACAAUGGGCUAAUUACAUAUUCAGUUUACUUUGCCCGGCAAAGAAAGGCAAACUUUGGUUACUUUCUCAUUCAAUCUUCAUCCAAAUUUAACCAAAAUAUAAACAAUUUCUUAAAAACUAAAAUGCUACAGACCACUGAAUUAUGGCAAAAUAGAGCAUACACAGAGCUGUAAAAAGUGCUCAACCUUUCUCGGGGUAAAAGUUCAAGUUUUGAAACCUUCAAAAUAAUGUGAAUUAUGACUUUUGUCAUUCGAAAUCGUCGGCUUAUUUUCUACUGAAUAUUUUUCAAUUUUAAUUGUUUUUAAUUGUAGUAAACCUUCCUCACUGACCACACGUAUAGUAAACCUUCCUCACUGACCACACGUAUAGUAAACCUUCCUCACUGACCACACGUAUAGUAAACCUUCCUCACUGACCACACAUACAGUAAACCUUCCUCACUGACCACACGUAUAGUAAACCUUCCUCACUGACCACACAUACAGUAAACCUUCCUCACUGACCACACAUAUAGUAAACCUUCCUCACUGACCACACAUAUAGUAAACCUUCCUCACUGACCACACAUACAGUAAACCUUCCUCACUGACCACACGUAUAGUAAACCUUCCUCACUGACCACACAUACAGUAAACCUUCCUCACUGACCACACAUAUGAUAAACCUUCCUCACUGACCACACGUAUAGUAAACCUUCCUCACUGACCACACAUAUAGUAAACCUUCCUCACUGACCACACAUAUAGUAAACCUUCCUCACUGACCACACGUAUAGUAAACCUUCCUCACUGACCUCACGUAUAGUAAACCUUCCUCACUGACCUCACGUAUAGUAAACCUUCCUCACUGACCUCACGUAUAGUAAACCUUCCUCACUGACCAUCACGUAUAGUAAACCUUCCUCACUGACCAUACAUACAGUAAACCUUCCUCACUGACCAUACAUACAGUAAACCUUCCUCACUGACCAUACAUACAGUAAACCGUCCUCACUGACCACACGUUUUAUCUCAUACCUAGCGUACUAGCGGCUUUCCUAUUGGCUACGAGGAGGUGCGUUCAAUCUCGCACCCACCUGCUGACGUAUGUUUAGGAGAGGGGUUCGAGAUCGAUGUUUCGGCGGCGGCCAUUACGAAGCGAUUUAAACAAAUUUCAGGCGAAGAUUUAAAUAAAAAAUAAAAUUAUAACUGUUUUUAAUUGUUUUAUUAUUAUUUUUUUGUUGGAUGAAAAUGGAAUAUUUUAUAUUCAAAGUGAAAGAGAAGAAAGAUGGCCGCCGAAAUUUCUAUUCGGCACGGGCAGGUUUAUAUAAAUCUUGGCAAUGUUUUUGCAGAACGUGUGCAUUUUCUCGUUUCAAGGAUAAGGGAAUAUUGUAGAGGAUUUUUUUAGCUUCGAUUUAAGCCUAAGUUUGUUUGUUGGCGUAGUAUGUUGGCGGCCAAAAUGUUCGUUAUCCAAACAAGAAAUUUUAAUAUAUACUAAAAAUGCGUAAAUUCGUCAGUACUUUUUACCGAAAUGGCAUGUGAUAAAAACUAAACAUACUUGCAGGUUCGGUGAGUCUGAGAUUGGACGCACCUCGGGUGGCUGGAAGUUUCCCGAACCCACCUCGGUUCGCUCGGUGAGUUCGGGAAACUUCCAGCCACCCUCGGUGCGUCCAAUCUCGGACUCACCUCCCUGCAAGUAUGUUUGUUAUAUAGUAAACCUUCCUCACUGACCAUACAUACAGUAAACCUUCCUCACUGACCAUACAUACAGUAAACCUUCCUCACUGACCUCACAUAUGGUAAACCUUCCUCACUGACCUCACGUAUGGUAAACCUUCCUCACUGACCUCACAUAUGAUAAACCUUCCUCACUAACCUCACAUAUGGUAAACUUUCCUCACUGACCUCACAUAUGGUAAACCUUCUUCACUGACCUCACACAUGAUAAACCUUCCUCACUGACCUCGCAUAUAUGCAAACCUUCCUCACUGACCUCACAUAUGGCAAACCUUCCUCACUGACCUCACAUAUAUGAUAAACUUUCCUCACUGACCUCACAUAUGAUAAACUUUCCUCACUGACCUCACAUAUGAUAAACUUUCCUCACUGACCUCACAUAUGAUAAACUUUCCUCACUGACCUCACAUAUGAUAAACUUUCCUCACUGACCUCACAUAUGAUAAACUUUCCUCACUGACCUCACAUAUGAUAAACUUUCCUCACUGACCUCACAUAAGGUGGUAAACUAUGGGUAAACCUCCCUUCCCGCAGCUUUUUAUCGAAUCUGAACAUACAUGUAAAUAAAUUUAAAGUAUAACUAUAUAUAUUGCCAUUUUAAAAUUUUCAUUUCUUUACAGAUUUGUGUGGAACAGAAAACGUUCAAGGAUACCCAACUAUUAAAUAUUAUAAUUAUGGAAGUUAUGCAAUGGAUUUUGAAAACUCAAGAACUUCUGGCGGCUUCAUUUCCUUUUUUGAUCAAUUACCACCGAGUUCUACUACUGACAAAAAGGAAGAAUUAUAAAAUUUAGCUCACAUAUUUUAGAAUUUUGCUGCAUAACUAAUCAUCGCACUUGACCAGUCUGGCUUCAUUUUAAUAAUAUUUUAGCUUUUACCACAAAUACAAUGCACUUUUUAUACUAAAUAUUUGGUAUCUCAAACGCGUGGCUAGCAUAGCUAGUAGUCAAUACCAAACUGCUGUCGUUUUACUCCUCACAAAUAAAGGGCGGGAAGGAAGAAUUGUGCACCGGAAUCGUUCGAUUUCUGCCAGAGGACCUAGUAUUGCAUUUUUCGCAACCGUUCCUGCUUAGGUCUUAAACUGUGUGUAUAUAUGCUCACUCGGAUUAUCCAUCAAACCCACCAUUCGUCUAAAAUUUCGUCAGAGGAAAUUUUCUCUUUCAUUUAGUUACGACGAAGACAAUUUAAUAUUUCAAUGGUUCUUUGCGCGUGCAUGAAACUCGUGAAUCUUUGUAAACGGAUUAUAUUUUCAUGGAUAUUAAACACCGAGGUAAUAGAGGUAAUGAAAGCACCACAAAUCCAAUAUACUUUUUGCCUUAAUGGUUUAAAAAUCACGAAAGUUAGCUUUCUUCAAAUUAAUGGACAACUUGCAUGUUAGCCUAAAUUUUAAUCUGUAAAGAGAAGGGAAUCGAACACCACAGCUAUAAAAAGAACAUAAUGAAAUUAAUAAAAUUGCAAAAUUUGGUUGCGAAAUGUUGUAACGCUUGGAAAAUAUAGUCUUGCAAAUGUUGCAUAUGUUUGUAUUAGGUGCGGAAAUUGCUGAAAAAUAGUAAUAAUUUCCGCACGUAAUACAAACAUAUACAAAAUAUGCAAACUUCGCAAGGCUAUAUUUUCCGUAUUUUACAAUAUUUCGUAACCAAAUUUUACUAAUUUUAAUAAGUUCUUUACGGGAAUUUACUUUUUUUG